AUGUCGAUUGAUCCAUCGAAACUGCCACCCGCGCAAUACGUGCCUGGCAGACAGUACGCCAUCGAACAUGCUGGUAGAAUCGACAAGGUGCCAUUCGUGGCUCUUAAUCCUUUCUAUCUCGUCGAAGCCAUAAACCAAAGGAAGACAAUCCCAUUCCGGGAGGACGUUCCUGCGAUCUUGGACAUCCCUAAGUGGGCGUUCAUAUUCUCCAUCUUCGGAUGGAAUUCCAUCUAUCUAGUCAAAUUUGCUUUCAUGUACUUCUUCCAUGGCCUGACCCUUGGACUGUCGGUCAGAGUCGUACGAUUUUUCUGGAUUACCGCAGGCUUUCUUGUCAUUGCUUGGAUCUAUGCCGUAGUCAACUUUGUCGUCAUAUGUGCACACUUUGGUGCAGACGCAGCUAAAUGCGGGGAUGCCCAGAUGCAUAAGAGAAGUGUCGCGGGUAACGUCAUUGUUGGCGUCCUUGACAUCAUAGGCGAUAUUCUCACGAUUUGGGCACCGUCUCCUGUCGGUGCUAAGGCUCUCCAGAUCCUCAAGAAGCAGCGGGCGGAGUCCCCAGCGAAGCGACGCGCUCCAUGA